UCUGGGCUGUGUCACAUGACAGCACUUUUGCCUUGGUGCCCACGCGUGCCGGCUCGGUCAGUCAGUCUGUGCGCGGCGGGGCCUAGCAGCAGGAUGAGUGUCUCGCGCUGGUCGUUGCUGGUAGUCGCUGCCGCCGCGGCGCUCGCGGUGCUGGCCGAGGACCCGUUUGGAGAAGACUGCAGAACUAAAACAUAUCCUCCUGCAGGACCAACAUUCAAAGGGACGGUUCCAACAUACAUCAUAAAUCUUGAUUUACCUCCCAGCAGAAGAUGGGAUAAAUUGCUGAGUGACAAAAAAAUAGAGUUGAAGACGGUAAUUCAGAGUAUUAAAAAUAUAGCAGAUGCAUUCGUCCCAAGUGGCAAAGUUGUUGAAAUAGUGGAUACUAAGUUGGUUCGACUGAUUUCCACCCUUCCCUACCCUUUCAAUGAAGAGCUUAAAGGGAUUGCAAAUGCUUCAGGCAUUCCUUUGGGAGAAAUUGUUCUGUUUAAUAUCUUCUAUGAAAUCUUUACAGUAUGCACUUCAAUAGUAGCAGAAGACAAAUCCGGAAAGCUGUACCAUGCUAGAAAUUUAGAUUUUGGACUAUUUCUUGGGUGGGACAUAAAAAAUAGUUCCUGGAUUAUAACUCAGGAACUGAAGCCCUUAGUGGUGACUCUAGACUUUCAGAGAAACAACAAAACAGUAUUUAAGUCUACAAACUUUGCAGGAUAUGUGGGCAUGGUGUCUGGAAUCAAACCAGGAAUUUUCACUCUUACAAUGAAUGAGCGCUUCAGUCUUGAUGGUGGUUACAUUGGAAUCUUUGAAUGGAUUCUUGGGAGGAGAGAUGGUAUGUGGAUGGGCUUCCUCACCAGAACUGUGCUAGAGAAUGGUACAAGUUAUCAAGAAGCAAAGGACCAGCUGGUUAACACAAGACUACUGGCUCCAGCUUAUUUCAUACUGGGAGGAAACAAAUCUGGAGAGGGCUGUGUAAUCACUCGUAGCAGACAAGCUGCCUUGGAUAUCUGGGACCUUGAUGCAAACAGGGGCACAUGGUAUGUGGUGGAAACAAACUAUGAUCGUUGGAAGGCUCCCCUUGUCUUGGAUGACCGUAGAACACCUGCAAUGAAGUGCAUGAACCAGACAAAGCAAGAGAAUAUCUCCCUACCAGCCAUCUAUGAUGUUCUCUCCACAAAGCCUAUCUUAAAUAAGCUGACUGUGUGCACAACACUGAUGGAAGUUUCAGGAGGCCGUUCAGAAAGUUAUCUGCGGGAGUGCAUAGGUUCCUGUAGUCCAUGGUGAUCCUUCACCCAUCUGAGAUGAGCUCUGCCUGUUGGAAUUGGAUGCCCGUCACUAAAGAAUUGUACCUCUGGAAAGGGGCUCUUCAGCCUACAAAUAUUUCAUCAGAACUUUGAUUGCUGUUUGCAUAUAGCUAUCAAUGAGCUUCUAAAAAUAGAUCCAAUGUAGGACAGGCAUCAAUCUGCUUCCUUAAUUGACAGUUCAGACAACUGUGUACUAGCGUUCUUUUGUUUCAACUUCCAAGUAUGUCUCUAAGUGUAAUACAACAAUCGCCUAUUGGUCCCUGCUAAUUAGUUACUGCUAUUGUUCACCAGAUAAUUCCUUUUUUCCCCAAUUAAAGAUACUUUUAAACUACAAAAUUGCAUUAACGUGGCACCCUCUUCCAGUAUGAGAACUAGAAAUGAUGUGUAAAAAGGCAGUUGAUUAAAUGAGUUCUGCUACUCUUCCUUUUCACAACAACAAAUUAAGAGUUAUAUAGUUGUUUAAUGCUGCUAGUCCAGUAUUAAGGAUGUAUUUCUAAAAUGUCUGUGUAAAAUGAGCUAUCCAUAAAAUAGCUCCUAUUACAAUAAACAAGCUAUUGGGGAA